UAGUUACAUAGCGAAGCCGUAGAUUUCCUUGGAGGAAAAUGGGUCUUCUAAGUCUAUUGAGGAAGAUGAAAGGUGGCCAAGAUCAGCAGAUAAGAAUUUUGCUUCUUGGUCUAGACAAUGCUGGCAAGACAACAAUACUUAAGACGAUGGCUAAGGAAGAAAUACAGAAUAUUACCCCAACACAGGGGUUUAAUAUCAAAUCUGUGGUGUCAUCUAAAGACCGUUGCCAAAUGAAUGUUUGGGAUAUAGGAGGACAAAGGAGAAUAAGACCCUAUUGGAAGAAUUACUUUGACGAUACAGAUGUAUUGAUAUAUGUGGUAGACAGCACUGACAGAAAACGAAUGGAAGAAACUGCAACGGAAUUAGAGGAAUUAUUAGAAGAGGAUAGACUGGCCGGUGUACCAGUUCUGAUAUUUGCCAAUAAACAAGAUUUGGGGACUGCACAGCAUCCUGAUGAAAUCAGUGAUGCAUUACGACUUGACAGAUUUCGUAACAGGCAAUGGCAUAUCCAGGCAUGUUCUGCCAAAAACAAUGAAGGUUUGGAGGAAGGUGUUUUAUGGUUCCAAACUAAGGCACUCAAAGGUCGUAAGAAGUAGUUCCAACAUGGACCAGUUAUCACCAAGAAAUAAGGAAUGACUGAUAUGUCAGGAAUUUACUCACUAUUGUAAUGCUAUAAUGGACCCAGUCACAUCUCAUCUUGGACAUGACAUAUUCAGUGAGAGUACGCAACAUUCUACAUGAGUGGGAUGCUAGUUCUUAAAUGGUAAUCCACAUAUCAUCGCAGCUCACUUUUGAGUGGACCGAAGCAUUGAGAGCAUUGACCUUACAAUACAUGAUUACAACAUAUCACAGACUGUUGUAAGAGCAGUGUUACACUGCUAAUUUGGUGGUUCAUACAUGGUCUUUUGUUUUCUUUUCCUCGUGUAUUCCUAGCUUUUUACUUUUGAAUACAAACUUAUUUUCAACUCGGUAGACAUUUUUAAAAUUCGAUCAUUUGAUAUAAAAAGAAUCCUUUUAGUUUGUUUAGAAGUGGCAUUGGAGCCAAAUCAACAUUAGCCAUAAACACUACUUACUGUUAUCCAGCUGAGGUUGACUUUUUAGGUCAUCUGACCCAAAGGGUCAAGAUGACCUAUUGUUAUCAUUCAUCGUCGUGCGGUGUUGGCCAGUUGCCAUUCACAAACUUUUCUUUUAAAUCACUACUCCUGCUUAACUCCGCAAAAGGAUAGUAAGACAGUAAUUUGCUUCAGAAUGCUACUAUUCCUUAAUGCAUGAAUGGCAUUCAUUCAAUUUGGUUGAAACAUCAGUGGAGUUAGGGAAUUAAUUCUUCAAUUCAAAAAAUUAAUUAGUUAAGGACUUGGGGCAGGGCCCCAAAUGGGGAUGUUAGUUAAUAUUUUGCCUCAAAAUGCUACUUUUCCUUAACGUUUGAAUGGAUUUAAACCAAAUAGGGUCUGAAAUGUCAUUGUGGGUGGGAAAUCAUAUAUGUUUCUUAAAUUCAGGAUGUUGACUGGACCCUUAGACACUUGGGGCAGAGCCCCAAAUGAGGAAGUUAUGCAGUAUUUUGCUUCAAUAUGAUGCUCUUCCUUAAUGCUUAAAUGAAUUUCAUUCAGAUUUGGUCUUGAACUUCAUUUCUUAAACUCAGAAAGUUGAUUUGACCCUAAGGGACUUGGGUCAUAGGGACAGGUCCCACAUGGGGAAAUUAGGCAAUAUUUUGCUCCAAAAUGCUACACCUUCUGCAUACCCGAAUAGAUUUCAUCCAAAUUUUGCCUGAAACAUUUUCAUUCACACCACUGAGAAAAAUAGUUGGAGUUUGUUUUGUUAAGGAAAAGAAAGAGAUGGUACAUGUUGUUAUUUUUCAGCCUGAUCAAAACUUCAGCAUGGUAACCACAGUAGGAAUGUUCCAAAUUUGAAUUUAUCAGAUUGGUCAGACCACCAUCUGCAAAUUCUGUGGUUUGUCGAUCAGUUCAUUGAUUGUCAGAUGACCGUUAAGGGCCAUUGCUCUCUUGUUACAAAUUGUCAUCAUUAUUUUGGAUUUAAAAUAUUAUUCAUGCUGAAAAGACUGAUUUUUUCUUCGUUUUAGUUUACCGUCUAAAUCAUUAUGAUACAUUAUUUUAGCACUUUUUGUGAAUCGAUUUAGGAAAAUAUCCUUUCUUUUGUAGACAUGUUUAUCAUAAUUUCAUUUCUCAAAUCACUAGCUUUGGAUUCUUAUCUGAGUAAAAGUAUCAGAAGGUUGUAAAGUUUGCCAUCUAUAUCAUCAGUCUACAUACAUUCAAUAUUCAAUGUAUCACGAGACAUUGAUAUCAAUAACCUCCACUAAUUCCUUGAUAUCUCUCUUUCUUAUGGUACUGAUAUAUCUAAAAAUUAUGUUAAUCAUGAUAGUAAGUUUAUCAUUUUGCAACUGAAGAAGUUAGUACUUUACAUUUUUUAAAUGUUGAUGUUAAAAAAACUACAAUAGAAUAUAUCAAAGUGCUCUGUUAAAUUCCAGUGUUUCAAAUCUGUUUUUGCCCUUUGUCCAAAUUGAAGUCAUUUACAACCUAUCAUUACAAAUCUCAAACAGCUGUUGUUGCCAGUGAUCACAAUAUUGAAUAUCAGAUAUUUAAGCAUGUUAUCAGAACUGAGAAUGCUAAAAUAGCUUAUCUAAAUUUGACUUUAUCCUUUAACAUAUAACAUUGAGAGUGUGUUUCAGGUACAAAAACUUGUUAAUUUUAGUGAAUGCAUAAUUGUUUGAACUGUAUGCUGUAUAAGCCAACACACAGAUAUAAUCAUGAAAUCAUGUUAGUGUGGUUGAGUUUAAAAAAACGUUAAAGACUUGAUACUAUUUGGUAUUUGACUUUGUAUUUAUUUUGUCAAUUUGUUCUCCAUUGUUUGUUCAAGUGUGUGAGUGACAACAAUUAUAACUACAUGUACACCUUUAUCAGUACUUCUCUGCUUUCAUCGGUAAAUUUAAAUUUUGUCAUUUAUUUAAGUGUGAAAGAUGUACUAAGAUUUAUUGUAACCUUGUAUUUAACAAAUCGAAAGCCCAUAUUUUUUCCUUACAAUUUUUGGUGAGAAACCAUUAUAUAUGGUAAUUAAUGCCUAAUUAAUCACAGGCCUGUGUAUCUUGUUAUUAUGAUGCCACAUGAGAUGUAUGAAGGGAACAUUGUUAUUUAUCAUGUUGUGGUGAAAAUGUCCGUCCAGUUGUUUAUAUAACAUAUCUCUGUACCAUGUGUCUUUUUCUCACUUUUUAAUUUCCAGGUUAUGUAUAUACUCAUUUUAACUGUGGAAACAAUUGUUUGACUUAGAUUUAUAGGAAUUUUACAGAGGAAAGAUGUGCAAAGGAUUAAUAGAAACUUUCAUACCUUUGAAAUAGGGGUCUCAAAUCAAGGGGAAAGAUUAUAGAGUUAAAAAAUAAAUGUCAAGCUUGCUGGAUGUUUGCAACAUAAUAAUCUUUUCCCAAGAGUACAGAUUUCCCUACCUUGCCAACUUUUGGGUGGAUGAUUUUUUUUUCUCUUACCCUGCUGGCCUUCUAAGGUAUCAUUUCAUUGUCCCAAUGCUUUGUAUUGUUAUUAUAUUAUCAAUAUAAAAGGGGAUUCCCCUACUAUCAACCCUAGGGCGAGACAAAGAAAUCAGACUCAAAUAAAAGCAGCGAUAAAUCUGUCUGUGUAAGAGAAAUUGAAAUCUCUUUUUGGAAUGUAACACAUCAUGACUGGGUAUACUCGGUUGAAGAUCUGCAUAUUUAUUUACACAUUAAAUAUAUAUAUUGUUUGCACUCACAGCAUGUGAAUUUGAAUUACUGAGGACAUAAUGUCUGUCAGAAAGCAUAUUCUGAAAUAUCGAGCCAAUUUUGUAUUGGUCUAAGGUGAGAAAUGGUUGUGAUACUCUAAGCAAAGCUAACACACAUAUUUAUCACAGAAUACGUUUUGACAUCAGGUGCAAUGUUAACAGGUUUAUUGAUUUAGAAUGAACUAACUUGUAACAGGAAAAAAUUUGUUUUAAAAAAAUUUUGAUAAUGUUUUCUCCCUAAGACUACUAAGUUGUAACAUACCUUAUAAGGAAAUAAAAUCAUUUAAAA